UAGCAGUUGCAGCGAUCUAGAGAAGGAGACUCAGUCUCAUCAAACGUUUGUCAACCCAUCUGCUUCUUGUGGCACCAAAGGCUAUCCAAAUACCCAGGCAGAGGGAUCUGAGAGAGGCGUGUGCCUGCCACACAGAGCAGCCCAGCGAUGAGCGAGAACCCACCUGCCAACCUCAAUGCCGGAGAAACUCCUGCAGCUGGGCCCACCACACCACGCAAGGGGCCUCCCAAGUUCAAGCAGAGACAGACAAGGCAGUUCAAGAGCAAGCCCCCUAAAAAAGGAGUAAAAGGGUUUGGAGAUGACAUCCCAGGCAUGGAGGGACUGGGCACAGAUAUCACAGUGAUUUGCCCAUGGGAAGCUUUCAGCCAUCUGGAACUGCACGAGCUGGCCCAGUUCGGGAUCAUCUAAAGCACCAGCAUCUCUUUGGGUGUCACCUGGUGGCUCCACAGAUCCCAGCAUGGUCUUCAUCACCUUUGACACUUAUUUUUGGCCCUUGCAUCCCAUUCACAUGCUCAUGGGCAGAGUGGUUUUGUAAGAGCUAGUUAUGAGAAAGUCCUUUGCAGAUUAAUUUGGCAAAGAAGUUUUAUGGGACCCUGAACAGACCUCAUGCUCCAUGUGAUGAAACUGCUGAAAAAUGUCUUAAUACCUCCCUGCACCACAUUCUGGCUUCCCCACUCUUGUAGAUUUUCACUGUUUGUGGAGAUACAGGGAGGCUGUAUUUGACUUUCCCCCCCCUGGUUAAUCUUUCCAUGGUUAGCUGAGAUACUGUGUGCAUGGGAGUGCAUGUAUAUCCAGACCUAAUUACAGCAACUUCAUUCAGCUUUCCUCCUUGCCUCCCUGACAGCUUUCCUUAGGGGAUUUUGAUGGGUAUGUCCCCAUGUUAGCCAGGCCACCAAU